CCGUUUAAACCGGAAGUCGUUGAUGUUUCUUCUACGUGUAGCUUGACGGUUUGUUUUUUUUACCCGGACAGCUUCCACACUGGACUCGGACUGAGCCGAACUAUAGUUCCUGUGAUGCCCCAGGGCGGGCCGAGCUGGCCGGGGUCGCGAUGCCGUACGUGGACCGACAGAAUCGCAUCUGCGGCUUCCUGGACAUCGAGGAGAUCGAGAACAGCGGCAGGUUCCUGCGCCGGUACUUCAUCCUGGACACGGAACAGGGCAACCUGCUGUGGUACAUGGACAACCCUCAGAACCUGCCUAAAGGUGCGGAUAAUGUGGGCUUUCUCAAACUCACAUACAUCUCCAAGGUCAGCGAUGCUACCAAGCUCAGGCCGAAGGCAGAGUUCUGCUUUGUUAUAAAUGCAGGCAUGAGGAAGUUCUACUUGCAGGCCAAUGACCAGCAGGAUUUGGUGGAAUGGAUCAGCGUUCUGAACAAUGCCACCAAGAUCACAGUGCCAAAGUCUGGAGAGAGCCAGGCCGCCUAUGUGGAGACCCCGCAGGAAGCCCUCGGCGCUAUGAAGCAGGUCUCUUACAAAACGGAGAUCAUAGGUGGCGUUCCAAUCAUCACAGCCACGCAGGAGCAGAGCGAAGGCCAGAACGGGUCGGACCGAGGGAAGCGGGCUCAGAACCAGCUGCCGUACUUCCUGUCCAGAGGAGCGCAGGACCAGUCUUUCAUAAAGGCGGGAUACUGCGUUAAACAGGGAGCUGUGAUGAGGAACUGGAAGAGGAGGUACUUCAUCUUGGAUGAAAAUGCGCUCAGCUACUACAAAUCCGACCUGGACCGGGAGGCACUGAGAGUUAUCCCGCUGAAGGAGAUUCAUAAAGUCCAGGAAUGCAAACAGAGCGAGCUGAUGAUGCGAGACAACCUCUUCGAGAUGGUCACCAACUCCAGAACCUUCUUCAUACAGGCUGACAGUCCAGAGGACAUGCACAGCUGGAUCAAGGCCGUCUCCGGGGCGAUUGUUGCCCAGCGCGGGCCCGGGCGCUCAGCCAACACGGAGCACAGUGACCCUCCCUCUCCCACCUCCGCCUCCACCUUCUACUACUCCCUCAACACGGAACCGCAGCACCCAGAACCCUCAGCGGGUGCUCAGCCUGACGCUGGACACUCGCCACCAGGACAACUUCCUGGGCCUCCUGCCGUGGCGCCUCAGUGGAAUCCAGCCCGUGAUGAUGCCGUUGCCUUCAGCGCGUUCCCGCCUUUCUCUGCAGGAGACGGUGCAGACCUCAAAGUGACGGAGGCCGAGUGGCCCUGCGCCGGCGGCGGUGGCCCGAACACGGAGGAGCCCGACUCGGAGAUGACUCUGAUGUGACAGCAACUGAUCUUUGAAUUUUUCUCCUGCUAAACUUCCUGGGACUGGGUUUUUCUUCUUUUUUUUUCUUUUUUUUUUUUUUCCCCUACGUGUGGCUCCGCCUACAAGGUCUUCCUCUGCUGUUCCCCUUCACCUUGCCUUCCUGAAUAUCUCUCACAGACCAGCAACACAGAUGAUACAAGUGGUUUAAGCUCUCAGCAGGAGUUCAGCGACACAGGAGUUCACUUCCGAAACAACCAAAGUUUAAAGGGUCGCAGAGAGAUGUGUUGAAAGACCUCUCUUCAGUCCUGUGUGUGUUAUCUGGAAGGUUGAGAUUUGAUAUGAAUUUGUGUUGUUUCCUUAUCAAACAGUUUUUUUUUUUUUUUUUUUUUGUAGCUGAGUUUUUUUCAGGCACAGAUAAGGAGACAUUUUUAGUCUUGCAAAGCUUCCCCGUUAAGAUGUUGGUAACACUUUAAUUGACGGGGUGCAUAAGACUGACAUGACGCCGUCAUAAACAUGACAUAACACCUGUUAUGAACAUGAAUGGGUUUUCAUAAAUGUCGCCAUGUUCAUACAAAGUUUAUAAUUUUAAUCGACUUUUAAUGCAAGUUUCAAUGCGACUUUGCAUUUAGAGUCUCAUUAUUUACCGAAUGACACUUCAUGACAACAGUCGUAAACGUUCACGAAGACUCCUUCGUGUUCGUGACAGUCUUAUGCACACCACGUCAAAUAAAGUGUUACCAAGACGAUCUCAGUUAUAUUUUAUGUCAUAGUCCAACACAAAAUAGUGCAGCGAAGUGGAAGAAAAAUGUGUGGUUUUAAAGGGGGCAUGGCGGUAAAUGUAAAAGUCUGAAAAGUGUGGCAUGUAUCUAAAUUCAGUCCCCCCUGAAUGAAUACUUUGUGGAAUCCCAAGGUCGCAGCUCAGGGUGUAUCUCUUCACAUCUACAAACUGAGUUCCUCUUUGCAAAUUAUCCUCCCCAGUCCAGAUUGAAGAACAGCAAACCCAUAGCAUCAUGCUGCCACCACCGACAUCUGUUACAGUAGGAACAGUGCACUUAGAGUAAGGUGCGGUCUUUACUCGCAUAGCUUUUCGCAGCAGGUCAAACAAUUCAGCGGGUCAAACAGAGUCAGUCUCAUCAGCCGCCUUUCUACUGGAAGUUAACUGUAUACAGGCGGACUUUAUUUAUUAAUUUGGUGACUUUUGAAGACAAUUAUUACAACUGAAUUUUACCGAGGGGUUUCAAAAUCUGCACUGUACUCUUUUUAUUCCACUUCAAAUUAUGCAGUUGAUGUUGAUAUAUAAUAUAAAAUCUAUAUAAAAUACAGAUUUUAAGAGUCAAGGGAUAUGAACCUUAAGAAAGCUCUGUAAGACUCCAGUGAUCCAGAAACUCUGCUGCCACCUAGUGUGUACAACUAGUAUGUCAAUUAUGUUUUUUGUUUUUGUUUAUUUACUUGCGUUUGCUUUAUCUGCAUAUUCUGAGUGUUAAAAAAAGGUUGCUAUAUAUUUAUUUUAUUUUGUUUGAUUCUAAACUAAUAAGAUCAAACGAAAUAUACACAGGAAAAAUAUAUAGUAAAAGGAAUAGGAAUAAGGUUACAAAGAAAUAAUAUAUUUUCAUAGCAGAAGAAACUGUUUACAUGCAAAGAAAUACUUUGCGACAUUUGCAGAAAUCAUGCAUGUGAACUCAUACACAGAGACACAGUUAAUGUGAAAAUAAAGAUAUUUGACUUCAAACUAAGCAGAAACACAUUCAGAUAACCUAACAGAAAAAGGAAAGAAAAGUUUAAAUUGUUCUUAAAGUAAGUUUGAUCCUCAGAGUUUCUCGUAUUUAUAUGGCGUGUGUCAGAAUAUAACCUGAAUUAUUUAAGUGAAUUUCUCUUUUUGCACCUCUCUCACUCCUAUGUUAACCUCUGUUACAGAAACUGGACCUUUUUUCUUUUCUUUUCUUUUUUUUGUGCAGUGUCGGGUCGGCGGAAACCGUUUGUGACUUUGC